GUAUCUUCCGUCUCCAUUAAACCCUAGAUUAAAGUCAGCUGUUUGCUUGCCCUUUUAUAUGUACAAUCUCUCCUAGGGUUUUAAAUAUUUUCAUCGCUUGGAUUUUCAACUCUGUUUUACUCGAUGAACUUACACAAUCUUUAGAUUCAAUCUUUAUAAAGUAAAGAGGAAAGGAAGAAUUUUUAAGUAUGUUAGGGACUGGGACUGACUCUCAAGCUGUUGAGGUAGAGGGAAAUGCUGGGGUUUCUGAUCAAUUGAAAAGCCUCCAAAUUAACAACAAUCAGCAAGGCGAUGAUAAUCAUGUCUUGUCUCAAGAUAGCAAUGGUAAAGGAAUCUCACCUCCUGAAAAGAAAGAUGACGACGGUGAGCAAGGGGAUGAGCAAGCAGGAAUUGAAUCACAAGAAAUAACCAAGAAGAAAAAAAAGAAAAACAAAAGCAAAAAAAAGAAAGAGCCCCUUCAGCAGACUGAUCCACCAUCCAUCCCUGUGGUUGAACUUUUCCCAUCUGGGGAUUUUCCUGAAGGCGAAAUUCAAGAUUACAAAGACGAUAACCUGUGGAGAACCACUUCUGAAGAAAAGAGGGAAAUGGAACGCCUUGAAAAACCUAUCUAUAAUGCUGUUCGACAGGCAGCUGAAGUUCACCGACAGGUUCGCAAAUACAUGAGGAGUAUUAUAAAGCCUGGAAUGCCAAUGAUUGAUAUGUGUGAAACUUUGGAGAAUACAGUUCGUAAGUUAAUUUCUGAGAAUGGUCUGCAAGCAGGCAUUGCCUUCCCUACAGGUUGCUCACUAAAUUGGGUUGCAGCUCAUUGGACUCCCAAUUCUGGUGAUAAGACUGUACUUCAGUAUGAUGAUGUUAUGAAGUUGGAUUUUGGUACUCAUGUGGAUGGACAUAUAAUCGACUGCGCAUUCACAGUGGCAUUUAAUCCCAUGUUUGAUCCACUUCUGAAGGCCACACAAGAUGCAACAAAUACUGGAGUGAAGGAAGCUGGAAUAGAUGUACGCCUUUGUGAUGUUGGUGCUGCAAUCCAAGAGGUCAUGGAGUCGUAUGAAGUGGAGAUAAAUGGAAAGAUAUUCCCAGUGAAAAGUAUCCGAAACUUGAAUGGACAUAGUAUUGGAAGUUAUCAGAUUCAUGCUGGUAAAUCAGUUCCAAUUGUGAAAGGAGGAGAACAAACGAAAAUGGAGGAGGGCGAAUUCUUUGCAAUAGAAACUUUUGGAUCCACGGGGAAAGGGUAUGUUAGAGAAGAUCUGGAAUGCAGUCACUACAUGAAAAAUUUCGAUGCUGGGCACAUACCACUAAGGCUACCUAGAGCGAAGCAACUGCUAGCAACUAUCAACAAGAAUUUCUCGACAUUGGCAUUCUGCAGACGUUACUUGGACCGAAUUGGGGAAUCUAAAUACUUAAUGGCAUUAAAGAACCUUUGUGACAAUGGCGUUGUUCAGCCCUACCCCCCUCUGUGCGACAUUAAGGGAAGCUACGUUUCUCAGUUUGAGCAUACCAUCCUGCUACGGCCAACCUGCAAAGAGGUGAUAUCUAGAGGCGAUGACUAUUAGUUACGCAAGGAGCGGUUGUUUGAAUAAAAACUUUAUAGCAGUGUUGUUGAGAGGACUAUGUACCCAAGGUUUUCUUGAUUAAUUUGUCUUUUUGUAUGGGAACCGUCAUUGUUGAGUAAGAAUUGGAAAAACCUGAAAUUAGUAUGUCAAGUGUUAUUAUAAAAGCUUCUCCAGUAACUCCAAAGGUGUAAAAGAUUUAAAGAUGUCAUAUAAUUUGAAUUACAAAUAUCUGUAAUUGGCUA